UCAAUGAAAAAUAAAGAUCAGAUUUAUUUUUCGGGUGGUACAGUGUAUGACAAACGAAUAAUUGUUAAUUUUGAAAAUCAUUUACUGUUUAACCAAGUGUCGUUUAGCGGUUAUGCUCAAGUUCAAAAUCGAAUCUAUGUGUCAUCAAAGAAAAAUGGAAGUGAAUGCCAGACAAUGUGUUCAACAACAAAAGAUGUUUCUGGAAGUGGAUUUAAUUUGAAUUCCGAUGUUUUGAAUGAAAGAACAUUUCAAAUGUUAUGGUUGUAUUACAGUUUAAUUAAUUUUACAUUUAUGACAACUGACGAUAUUCAAUUUAAAAUUCCAUCAUCAUUGCUUGACAGCGAUGACACAGAUUUGUACUUCGAAGAGACUAAAGAAAAUUUAUAUAAAAAAUUUGUGCAUCUUUGGACAAAUCAUCAUAAAUUUACGAAGAAAUGUGAUGCACAUUGUUCGACAGUUUUCGUAGUUGAUGGGCACCAAAAAGCGAAUCGUCUUGUCUGCAAGUUUCGUGAUGUAUAUGAUAAAUCAAUACCUGAAUUCGGUAUAAAUGGUAUUCAAAUAGGAUGCCCCAACACACCGAUGAGACAGAAUGAACAAAGUGCAAAAUGUCAUUCAGGUUAUUGUAAAAAUCAUCAAAAAGAAGCUCAAACAUUGUCAGAAUUCUUACAAUUGCAAAAAUUCGAAAAAGCACAAAAUUUUGAACGUCCAGUCACAAGAUCAACAACAAACAAAUUACUGCGUAAUGAAGAAGAAAAUAUAGAUCUAGUGGAAAAAGAAUUGGACCAAACAGCAUUGACUGGUAUAAAAAUGGAAGAUUUGUGCAACGUUGUACGUGAAGGUAUAAGCAGUGUGAAUAAAACGACAUCAUACGGCUUUCUAGCCACAUUUUUAAACUGUGGAGUUAUUGUGGGCUAUGACGAGAUGCCCAUGGCAGAGGGGAUGCGACGUGUGUUACGCCACAUUAUGCGUAUUCUUCAAUAUGGACAUUUGCCCGAUGCCAUGUGUUAUGAUACGGCAUGUUCACUGUCUUUAUUUAUAGAAAAGCAUUAUAACACACCUAACCUGUUGGCAUCAUCAAGAACAAAAUUUUUCAAAGAUAUGGACAUGGCUAUAGACCGUUUCCAUGUGAAAAAUCACGUUCGUCAUAUGUGUCAGGGUCGAAUGCGGCCGGAUGAUCUAUCUCAUGGCGGUCGAUAUAUGAACAUCAACACACAAGUCUGUGGUAUCACUCGACCGACACCAGGCUGCACUCGCAUGCUCGUUCUGAUCGAUCAUCAACGACGAAAGGAGGAACUAAUCAAUACAAUGAGCGCUCGUAAACAACGACGUCAAGCUCGACUUCGCUUAGAACAACAGCUCAACGAAGAAGAGGUUUACCCCUACGCGUCUGGCGCCUUUGAUUAG